AUGGCUGCUCCAAUUUUCAUUCUCCUCCCAUUGGCACUCUUAUUCAUAACAGCAACUUCCCAGGGACAGAAAGCCAUCAGCCUCACCGACACUCUCACGCCCACCUCCAAAUCCUCAUGGCUCUCCCCUUCCGGCGUCUUUGCGUUUGGAUUCUACCAGAGAGGCAACGGUUAUUACGUGGGAGUCUUCCUUCCAAGGACUUCGAAUAAAACCGCAGUCUGGACUUAUGGCCGAGAUAGCUCUUCGCUUCCGAGCAAUUCCACUCUGCGUUUCGACGGCGGUGGCAGACUCGUUCUUCAGUCAGCACAAGCACAGGAUAUGUAUGUUGCCACUCCUAAUGACACGACCGUGACCACUUCGGCUUCAAUGCUUGAUUCGGGGAACUUCGUUCUUUACAACUCUGACCAGAAGGUCAUAUGGCAGAGCUUCGACACACCGACAGAUACCAUUUUAGGCGGCCAAAGUCUACCGGCAUCAAAAGAGUUGCAUUCAAGUGCUUCGGUCACUGAUCCGUCCACGGGUCUCUUUCUUGCCAUCAUGCAAUUAGAUGGAGUGCUUGCGUUAUAUCCAAAGGGCACUCCAUUUACUGGCGAAUACGGUUACUGGGAUUCGCGGACACCUAAUAAUGGUCCGAAUGUGACGCUACAUCUUGAGGAUAAUGGGUUUUUUUACCUAUUGAAACCCCAAGGUGUAUACCUUGCGAAUUUCACGAGCCAAGGACUUCCUAAAGAAGAUAUGAUCUAUCUUGCCAGGAUUGACCCAGAUGGGAUUUUCCGGCUAUACUCAUACGACAUAACCAGGAAUGACGAUUGGCGCGUCAAAUGGUAUAAACCAGAAGACAGAUGCCUCCCCAAGGGCCUAUGCGGGCUUAAUGGGUUUUGUGUGAAUGUUGGUCAAGAUUAUGAGUGCCAGUGUCUUCCAGGAUUCGUAUCUGUUGAGGACGGCAACAGGACUGCAGGGUGCGAGAGGAACUUCACUGCAGAAAGCUGCAAGAACCCCACGGUCAGCAACAACAUGCAACCUGUUCCUAACACCACAUGGGAGGAUGACACGUAUUCUGCUCUUACGUCGCUGACCAAGGAUGAAUGUUUAGAAGCAUGUCGGCAGGAUUGCAAUUGCGAGGCUGUUGCAUACAAUGUCAGUCAAUCCUGCUAUAAGUGGAAGUUUCCUUUAAGAUUCGGUAGGAGAGUCCCUGAUGGGAACUCAAACCCUCAACUUUACGUCAAGGUAGGCGAUACUAGAUCUGGAUGA